GGUCCGGGAAGGAGAGAGGGAAGGCCGCGCGCCGACCCAAGCAGGCUGCCCGGAGUGGGCAGCCGCGGUGCCCCACAGGCUCGGGUGGCGGGUUGCCGGUCCAGCCCGCCUUCCUCGGUUUAUCCGCUCUCUCAGCGGACGUGUGGCAGGGUGUCCGGAGGUAGCGGCUCCCGGAGGCUCUGUCCCCUCCUGCCGCCCUUGAAUCCUGGCCGCUCCGUUCAAAGCCCCUGGUGGCUGGUCUGCAGAAUGGGAUAGGGGACGGGGCGGGCGGGGCCGCUCGGGAGGGUCAAGUGAGGUCACGCCUGUGGUGAGGCGCCGGGGUCCGCUUCCGAACCGCUUGACGGCGCUGACGAGUUUCACUUCGUGCACUUCCUCUGUGCCAGCCGGUGCUGAGGACACCGGACCUCAGUGGGGGCAAACGAUGGACAGAGGAAGCCUGGUGCUUAAGAGAGUCGCAGUAGGAGGAGCACAGGGCAGCUCGGAGUAUGGCACCUGGGCGGUGGCGGGGGAAGGGUUAGGCGAGGAAACGUGCAGGUUCAGACGUGGGCCUCCUGCUGGGAGGUUAGCAGAGUCCUGCUGGACCCCCAGGCCCUGGCAGGGAGAGGCAGAGUGGGCGCAGCCUCAGCCAUGAGAUCCCAGGGUCUCAGAGGCAGGUGAGCAGCUCCCUGCAGGUGCGCUCUGACCUGGCACUGCCCAUCUGCAGCCCCGAGGCAGAGCGUGCGCGACCCCGGCAGGCCCGGGCAGCAGCCCCCAUGGAGGGUGCGGUGCAGCUGCUGAGCCGAGAGGGCCACACUGUGUCCCACAACUCCAAGCGGCACUACCACGAUGCCUUCGUGGCCAUGAGCCGCAUGCGGCAGCGUGGCCUCCUGUGUGACAUCGUCCUGCACGUGGCCGCCAAGGAGAUCCGAGCACACAAGGUGGUGCUGGCCUCCUGCAGUCCCUACUUCCACGCCAUGUUCACAAAUGAGAUGAGCGAGAGCCGCCAGACGCACGUAACUUUGCAUGACAUCGACCCUCAGGCCUUGGACCAGCUGGUGCAGUUUGCGUACACGGCCGAGAUCGUGGUGGGCGAAGGCAACGUGCAGACUCUGCUCCCAGCCGCCAGCCUUCUGCAGCUGAACGGCGUCCGUGACGCCUGGAGUCAGCUCGACCCCUCCAACUGUCUGGGCAUCCGGGGCUUCGCCGACACGCACUCGUGCAGUGACCUGCUCAAGGCGGCACACAGGUACGUGCUGCAGCACUUCGUGGACGUGGCCAAGACUGAGGAGUUCAUGCUGUUGCCGCUGAAGCAGGUGCUGGAACUGGUCUCUAGCGACAGCCUGAACGUGCCUUCAGAGGAGGACGUCUACCGUGCCGUCCUAAGCUGGGUCAAGCAUGACGUGGAUGCUCGGAGGCAGCACGUCCCACGGCUGAUGAAGUGUGUACGUCUGCCCCUGCUGAGCCGAGACUUCCUGCUGGGCCACGUGGACGCCGAGAGCCUGGUGAGGCACCACCCGGACUGCAAGGACCUGCUCAUCGAGGCCCUCAAGUUCCACCUACUGCCGGAGCAGAGAGGCGUCCUAGGCACCAGCCGCACACGGCCCCGGCGCUGUGAGGGCGCCGGCCCUGUGCUCUUUGCUGUGGGGGGUGGGAGCCUGUUUGCCAUCCAUGGAGACUGUGAAGCCUACGACACACGCACUGACCGCUGGCACAUGGUGGCCUCCAUGUCCACACGCCGAGCCCGGGUGGGCGUGGCGGCAGUCGGGAACCGGCUGUACGCUGUGGGCGGUUACGAUGGGACUUCAGACCUGGCCACCGUAGAGUCGUACGACCCUGUGACCAACACCUGGCAGCCCGAGGUGUCCAUGGGCACGAGGCGCAGCUGUCUGGGUGUGGCCGCCCUGCACGGGCUCCUCUAUGCAGCUGGUGGCUAUGAUGGGGCCUCGUGCCUCAACAGGGUCAGCAGUGUUGCGGGCGUCCACAGUGCCGAGCGCUACGACCCCCUGACGGGAACUUGGACAUCCAUUGCCGCCAUGAGCACCCGAAGGCGAUACGUCCGUGUGGCCAUGCUUGAUGGGAACCUGUACGCUGUGGGCGGCUACGACAGUUCAUCACACCUGGCCACUGUGGAGAAGUAUGAGCCCCAGGUGAACGCGUGGACACCAGUGGCUUCCAUGCUGAGCCGGCGCAGCUCAGCUGGUGUGGCGGUGCUGGAGGGGUCUCUCUAUGUGGCUGGCGGCAAUGAUGGCACCAGCUGCCUCAAUUCUGUGGAAAGAUACAGCUCCAAGGCUGGUGCCUGGGAGAGUGUGGCGCCCAUGAACAUACGAAGGAGCACCCAUGAUCUGGUGGCCAUGGACGGCUGGCUGUAUGCCGUGGGAGGCAAUGACGGCAGCUCCAGCCUCAACUCCAUCGAGAAAUACAACCCGAGGACCAACAAGUGGGUGGCUGCUUCCUGCAUGUUCACGCGGCGCAGCAGCGUCGGCGUGGCCGUGCUGGAGCUGCUCAACUUCCCGCCGCCCUCUUCGCCCACGCUGUCCGUGUCGUCCACCAGCCUCUGACCCGCGGCGUGGACUACGCAAAGGCCCGGCCCCACGGCCUCCCAUAUGCCUUAAGCCCCGCAGGGGGCCCCGGCGCCUCCCUCCCCUCCACCCGUGUGUCGGGAGCGGGCUCCUCCGCCCCCACCAGGGACAUCCUGCAUCGUCUGUCCACGUCUCUGGGCAUCGAGGCCGCCGGUUUCCUGUUCGUUCCUCAGUGUUCGUUUACGUGUGUACCAUUUACUUACCUGUUUAUUUAUUCAGUAUUUAUCGAUCGACGAACAGCACUGCAGCUAGCAGUUUAUACGUUUACUCUAGAGUGCCCUGUGUUUCUGGGGCCAGGUCGCCCUCUCCGGUCUCCUCUCGCCUCUCCGAAGGCACCAGGGAGCGGUGAGGGUGGACACUGUCGUUGCCAGUGGGUCAGGGCCAACUCAGGCUCUGCAGACCGGGAGGGACCAAGGGGCAGAUGCAGCGGAACCGGCCAGGGUGGGGGACGUCCGUGUGCCCAGCCUUCGCUUUGCACACCACCCUUGCCUCGCCAGGCCGGAAACGCUCCCACGGAGGACGCUAAGGGGGCUCCCUACCGGUGGGCACGGUGUCUUUUCUGGAUCCUGCACUGAGCUGGGCACACACGCGCGUGCCACAGACUCCUCGCAGCAAUACGAGCCAACGUGAACAAUAAACACGUUUCUUGGGCUCUGGGCCUGA